AUGCUCGACAGCUUCGAUUCUAUCCCAUUGACCUAUCGAGAGACAGCUUCAGGGAUUCUGGGCUCGAUAUCUCUUGCUUGCUGGAUAUUUCUUCUGGUCCCUCAGUUGGUCGAAAACUACAAAAACGGAAACGCCAAAGCUAUAUCCUUCACCUUUAUCCUCGUCUGGUUUGUAGGGGAUAUUGCCAACCUGGUAGGGAGUCUGUGGGCCAAGCUGGUUCCCGUAGUGGUCGCUAUAGCCAUUUACUUCUGCAUUGCGGAUGGAGUUUUGAUAUGCCAGUGCAUAUAUUAUAAUGAGAGAGUUUCUCAACAGACAGCAAGACGUACUUCGAGCUAUACAGACCACGACGAUGAGGGAGAAGUUGCACCCCAGCCGACAACACCCCUGUUGAGUCGACGGAUGAGUGAGAAUCUCGGAUUACCUGGCAGAAGAAGGUUGGACAGCAACCAGUCUAGCCGUGACCCCUUGGUAAAGAUGUUGGAAGAGGACGAGCCUAGGAGCACAUGGGCUAAGAAUACGUUGAGUCUCCUGGGUAUAUGUGCAGCGGGAACUGCUGGCUGGGUAAUUGCCUGGAAAACUGGAGCGUGGAAGCCGACUCCAAUACAUAAUAUUGGAAACCCAAUCGAAAUGGCUGUUGGAGCUCAGAUCGUUGGGUAUUUCAGUGCAUUGUGCUAUCUAGGUGCACGAAUCCCACAGAUUAUUAAAAAUUAUCGAGAAAAGUCUUGUGAAGGACUGUCCCUUUUAUUCUUCGUCUUUUCUUUACUUGGCAACGCUACGUAUGGUGCAGGGAUAUUGUUCCACUCUACGGAAAAAGAGUACUUCUUAACAAACCUGCCGUGGCUCAUGGGGUCACUUGGUACCAUUGUCGAAGAUAUUGUGAUUUUUUUCCAAUUCCGCAUAUACGCCGUGCCAGAAGAAUUGUCUACUUCGACGGUAGUCUAG